CCUCCUGGCUGUCGCUGUCCCAAAUCCCCCCUGGCUGUCGCUGUCCCCAGUCCCUGGCCGGCGUGCUGCGGGCGCGGGGCCGCCUGACGGAGCCGGAGGUGCGCUUCUACCUGCGGCAGCUGCUCUCGGGGCUCCGGUACCUGCACGGCCUCGGCCUCGUGCACCGGGACCUCAAACUGAGUAACUUCUUGCUGACGGAGCGGAUGCGGGUGAAGAUCGCGGACCUGGGGCUGGCACGGCGGGCGGCACCCCCCGGGCGGCGCUGGGGGGCGCUCUGUGGGACACCCAGUCACCUGGCCCCGGAGGUGCUGGAGCGCAGGGGACACGCGGGACCCGCGGACAUCUGGGCCCUGGGCUGUGCCCUGUACACGGCGCUGACCGGCCACGCCCCGUUCGAGGCCCGCCACCGGCAGGAGCUGUACCGGCGCAUCCGCAGCGCUCGGUACCCGCUGCCCCCGCAGCUCUCCCCCGGUGCCCGCGCCCUCAUCGCCCUCAUGCUGCACCCCGACCCCGCGGCACGGCCCAGCCCGGCGGGGUUGCUGAGCCACCCCUUCCUCACCCAGGGUUUCACACCCCGCACGCUGCCACCCUGCGCCUGCCACUCCGUGCCCAUCUUCGUGGGACAGGAGCCCCUGUGCCGGAUCCUGAGGGGGCUGUGGGGCUGUGGCUGUGUCCCCACCCCUCCCCAAAGCACCUGAGCCCGAAUUUCCACGGAGGAAAACCUUUAUUAGUGCUGGGAACCGUCUAAAAUCCAGUCAUGGAAACAAGCGGGGUGGGACGUGACCGGUACGAACGGCGCACACACACACACACACACACCAGUUUGCCCUUAAAAUGCUUAAUGGGAAAAAACAACCCCGAAAUCCAAACCCCAAAAUAAAAAGGAGCUCUCUUCCCUGCCAGCCU